AUGGCACGUGUGAAGUCAUGGACCAUUGAGGAUGUUUCCGGGUGGCUGGUGCAGAGCGGGUUUGAGAAGCUCGUGGAUGACUUCCGCGAUCAGGGAGUGGAUGGUGAAGUUUUGCUUACUCUAACGCUUGAAGAGCUCAAGGAAGAGUUCCAGAUGAAGUUGGGGGACCGCAAGAAAAUGAUCGAGCGAAUUGAGAAUUUGAAGGUUUCAUCGUCGAGUUCCACUGAGGUAGACAGUGGCCCGCCCAGUGCUGAGAUGAGCAGGUCUGGGACGCCCAGCACGGAGAUCGAGAAGUUCUACUUGCUAGACGGCCGCAACAUUGCGUGCCAAGGAGGCGAGAGCUUCGACAAGCCCAACUUGAAGAAGCUGAUGAAGGCUCUGAGUUGGCACAUGGCACAUCGCCCGGACUGGAAGGUCCUGACGUUUGUCUACGAGGCCCUCAUGGAUCAAUGGAAUGAUGAGUAUCCGACACAAGCCAGGGACUUGGCUCAGACAAUCACCAAGACACCGCGACGCGAAGACGUCGACAAGUUCAUCAUUCGGAUGGCUGCAGAUGCAACGAAGCGCGGCUGCCUGGUGAAGAUUGUCUCCAAUGACAACUUUCGGGAGUACAUCGGCGAGGUGGAGGACUUCCACUUCUCGGAAGACUGGGUCCGAGAACACGUUGUCAAAUUUUGCUUCACUGCGGGUUCCGAAGAGUUCAUCCCUGCCGAUGGAAUUGGGGAAGGCUUUGCGUCAGAUGUGGGAAGAGCUGCUGUGGAAAUGCCAGAGGCAAGCGCCACGGAGAGGGUUGCUGAAGUCGAUGCCGGCAUGGUUGGGCUACCAGUUCUGCUUACCGGAAGGGGUGCGAAGAACCCAUCUUCUAUUCAGAUUGCGACCGGAGUGGAGGAAGUGCGAUGCCCUCAUCGCUUGUGCCCUCUGCGGCUGCAAGUCCAGGAGUCCAGGGGCCUGUACACGAUCCAAGUGACAGGCCUGGAAACGCCUGCGUCCAGAGCGAAGCGGCCGGUCCUCAGAUUCAAUCCCAGAAGGGCCAUCAGAAGCUGGUGUCCGACGUGCGCGCGACCUUUGGAGCUGCGAAGCGAGGCUCCUUCAGUGGCAGAGGAGGUGCGCCGGCGCCCGAAGGGCAAAGGCCAGGCUUUCGUGGCCGUGCUUUUUGGGCCGGAUGAGGACAUGCUUCAACGAUUCGUUCUGGGAGCCCUUGUUCUCGGUCACUCCUUGCGGGCGAGCGGUACCAGCUUUGAUUUGGUCCUCCUGCACACCGCAGACGUCAUGGCUGUGCCUGGAGCUGGACUUCUGGAAGUCUUCUGGAAGACGCGCGAGGUGGAAUAUGUGCAGGCUGUGAAGAAGCUCAUCGCUCGAAGCGAGGAUCGCUUCCGGCAUGUCUUCACCAAGCUGCAUGUGUUCGGCUGCGACGACUACGAGAAGGUGGUCUUGCUCGAUAUCGAUCUCCUGGUGAGGGACAAUGUGGACGAGCUGGGCCACUUAAAGCCACCCUGUGCAUUGAGAAGGGGACACAAGAGCCUUCCCUCGCACGUGGACGUCGCCCUGUCGUGCUACGACCGCCAUGGGCAGCAGCGCUUCGGCAUGAAUCUGGGCGUCGCCAUACUGAAGCCUUGCCAGGAAGAGCUGAGGAAGAUGUUGGAUUCGGUGAAGCGCAUGGAUCCCAUGCAUGAAGCCAGCAAUGGUCCCGAGCAAGACUUUCUGAGUCGCUGGUUCAAGGAUUGGAAGACCCUGAGCCUGAAGUACAACUAUCAGCUCCACCAGCUGGCAUACUCUCUGGACCAUGAAGGCCCAGACGCCGAGCGGCUGCAGCUGAAGUACGAGAACGUCAAGGUCAUCCACUACAGCGGCAAGGUGAAGCCUUGGGACUUCUUCUUUGAGCCUGGCUUGGAGCAGAGCUUCUCAGCCUUCUGUGAAGAGAAGCUGCUGCCUGCGUAUGGUGCAGUUGGGGAGGACUUGAAGGAGAAGGUGAGACGAGCGGGGACAGAAUGGAAAGCACAGUGCAAAGCCAUGUGGCAGGGUGUGCUUGCGCCGCUCGGUGAUGCUCACUGCCUCAUGUGCGGGGAAGCGGUGCCGGAGGCCGCGCAGCUGGAGCACUGCUGCCUCCACUGUCCCGGCACCAGUGAUCUCAGGCAGGCAGUUGCUGGAGUGACCUGGGAGGAGAUAAGGCACCCGGAGCCGCGAGAGUUUCCAGGCAUCCUGGCAUUUGUUGGCCGGGUUCUCGAGCGCCGCCGCUGGCUGGCUGCAGAGCCCGACCCCGAAAGAAGAGGGCCCUCAGACCAAGACCAAGAAGCAGGGCAUGUGGAGCCGAACGACCCCAGCAUGGAACAGGAUGCCGCGCAGAUGCCUGAGAGGCAGCCUGAGGAUCCCCCGACACGCUCCAGCCAAGCGAGCGCAGCUCCCCGCGCGCCCCCGCGAUCUUAUGAGAACUCGCCAUUAGGGCGCUACCGGGACAAGAUCUUGCAAGAAGUGGCGGCGAAUCGAGUUACCAUCCUCGUUGCCCCAACCGGAUGCGGCAAAAGCACCAGAAUCCCACAGAUGAUCUUGGACGAGGACCCAGAGAGGUGUAUCUUGGUGACGCAGCCGCGGCGCGUUGCGGCCACCAGCCUUGCUCGCCGGGUAGCUCACGAGCGAGCUGUUGAUCUUGGGACCGAGAUCGGCUACAAGAUUGGAGGCGGCAUGUGCGGGAUCCUUGCUUCGUCUCGCCAGCUGUGA